AUGUCCGCCAUGCGCGCCCAAAUGUCCUUGUUGUGGACGGCACGCGGUGCGCGACUGGGCCUGAAGCCUUCCUUCGUCUGCAGGCAGUGCAGGAGCAUCCAGAUCAGCGCGGCGCCCACGACAGAAGCUCCGAAGGUUGGCGGGGAUGUUUUUGGAGCUCGUGGAACUGGCUUGAGGGACUCGGCAGAUGCCCGUUUCGAGGUCCUUGGUUCGCCGCACUCCCUCCUCUCCGUCACCUUGUCGCCUUCGCAGCAGCUCUACACUAGAAGAGGCACUUUGGUUGCAGUAGCGGGCAAGGCUGAAAAUGCCCAAUCCACGCUUUCGAUUCUUUCUCCCUUCACACGAGCAUUCCUCGGUGUUCCUUUCCUCUACCAGCGCAUUUCCUCUUCGACGCCUCUGACGGCACUCAUCUCGACCAAGUCUCCCACAACCACCUUCUCCGUUCUCCAUCUCGAUGGUACGACCGACUACAUGGUCACUCAGCGCAAUGCGCUCCUGGCAUGGACUGGCCAUACGCUGUCCGUAUCUCCCCGCAUAAACCGCGGUCUGUCGGUCGCCCACUGGGGAAGCACCCACCUCACAGGCCGCGGUCUCGCCGCUCUGGCGUCUCCCGGCCAGAUCUACGAGCUUAACCUCGCCGAGGGCGAAGAGUUCGUCGCUCAUCCUUCGCACGUGGUUGCCUACACCGUCUCGCGCAACCCGCCCCUGCCCUUCCGCCUCAAGUCGAACAUCCUGCGAUUCCAGGUGCCAAGCAUCACUGGCCUCCUCCCCGAAACCGAGUUCAUGAAGAACAUGCGCCAUACGAGCACCUACAAGACCCUCGCCCGCUGGCUUUUCACUCUGCGCACAACGCUGCGCCGCACUAUCUGGGGUGACAGGCUGUUCCUACAGUUCCGCGGACCAACAACUCUUCUGAUGUCUAGCAGGGGUGUCAGAGUGGCAGACUCUCUUACCAACAACGAAGUCAACGAAAUCGCAGAUGCCCCAGCUGGCGUUGUCCCCGAGGCCAUCGAGCUGACGACGAAGCCCAAGAUCGAGGCAAAGACGACAUCAGCCGAACAAGGCGCUUCCGCGAUCCACGUCGCCAGUAUCAGCCGCGAUGGCAAGGCCAGUUUUGAAGAUACCAAAGACCUGAAGGAGUUUGUCAGGUGA